AUGUCCACGUUCAGCUCUGUCGUUCGCAAGCCGGGUCAAAGGAUCAUUCCCAAGACCGCUCCGAGGCGAAAUAUUCAAAGGAACAAUGCUCGACAUGCUGCUCCGCCCUCGUUAACACCAGAGAGCCAGAUCGCGAGCCCUAUUGUUGAACCAGUUGAUGAUAGCUCACAGAAUCAUGACGCAGACGCCGCCGAAACAGCUCUCGAGUCCACUGAAAUACCUUCAACGUCGCAAACGGUAAAAUCGUCUCUGCUGCUCCCUACUCCUCUCGAGACGGUUGCAAGAACUUCCUCCGGGGUAUACACUACUGGGAUACCAUCUGUGUCUGUUGAGGUGACCGUUCCCAGCAGCACAAGUCAGGGAGCCUCGAUCAUUCAUAACCCAAGUUCAAACGUCAACCAUGACAGACCGAACACCAUUCCCACAGUUAUCACGUCCAGCUCCUCUUCCACGAUACGGCGACAGAGACUCACAAAUGAACCUACGCCUGCGCCAUCGGAAGAUUCUACUUGGGAAACUGAGAUCGGAACCACUGCGACGUCCCAACCAUCGGCGGAUUCGAGUAAAAGGCGGAAGAUUACUCACGCGGUUCCAAGUCUCACCCAGUCGCGAUCGCAUACCACGCCACCGCCAUCAGAAAACACCCCCUUGAUCCUCAGAAGUAGUUCGCGAAGUAGACGGAGCGAGUCUCGAACAUCUGAUGCAUUGAUACAGGAUGCCACUACCCAAGCAGCUGCUGUGUCAGAGCUUGCCAACUCGAUCGAGAGCGGAGCGAGAUCACUCAGACCACGUUCUGCACGUCCUUCGGCUUCGCAGGCAACGGCGAUUGACAAUGAAAGUGAAGAAGUGACCGAAAGAGCCCAACCAAAACAAUUGAAGAAAAAGCAACAACGGUCAAGAGCCAUCAAGGAUAUUGCAAGGCAGGUCAUUGAAGAUGCUGUAGGUGGAAGUGGAAGUGGUGGUCGCCGUCGAUCGCGAUUUUCUACGCCGGAAAAUGCCGAAGAGUUGGAGAUCGACCCCGAAGAGGUCUCGAUGGGCGAUCUUGUGAGAGACAAUAAGGUGGGGAAGAAAUCAGAGACGGAGAAGAGAAUGCAGGAAAAUUGGGCAGACAUCAAACGACGGAGGAAAGAGGAAAUAGAACGACGAAGAGAAGCUGGUGGGCAAAGCAGACACGGGAAGCAGGCAAAACCCAUCCAGCCUCCCGCUGCCGAACCUGUUGCAGCACCUGUGCCCCGGCAAAUCAUCGUCAAUGGGCAGAUUGUCGUGGCAGCUGAAUCGCGAGAAAUCGAUUUCGGGGCGGGUGUAGAGCAGGCGGUCAUUGAAGACGCAGAUGGAGCACUCGAAGAUGACCGAAUUUAUAAGUACGUCCACCAGGGAACUCUAGGCAAACACGCAGGACGCAGGCGCGGAAAACAAUGGGACUUGGAGCAGACGGAACUAUUUUACAAAGGUCUACGCAUGUUUGGCACGGAUUUCAGCAUGAUUGCGAAUCUCUUCCCCGAGUGGGAUCGAAAACAGGUCAAACUCAAGUUCAUCGCGGAGGAACGAGCGAAUCCAGCGCGGGUGCAGGAAUGCGUGGCAGCAAAGGAGUCAGUGGAUCUGGAGGAAUACUCAAAGCUAGCGAACCAGGAGUUUGAGGAUCCUGACAAGCUUCAAGCCGAGUUAGAAGCGGAAGAGAGGAGACUGAGGGAAGAGGAUCGGCGGAGACGUGCUAAUGAGGGGUAUGAAAUUGAUGGAGCUGAUAUUGCACUACCGUCUACCGAACAGGAUGGCGAUGAGGUUGGGAAUGCUGCAGAUGAGGUUCCAGUUACAGGUACUGGAACCGUUCCAAGUACACAACCAGCAAGUACCCGAAGAGAACGGAUCUCAGCAUUGGCAGAGGCUGUUGUUGCAGCGGCUGCGGCACCGCGGAAGAACCAAACACAACAACGCAAGACCAAGGAGUCGGCUGGACGUGGUAGACAGGCGAAGAAAGGAAGAAAGCCUAUGGAAGGCGUGGAGGAAAGAAUCGGACCCAUCGAUGAGGUCAGUCGGUAG